AAUAACAUAGUCAUACACGAUACAUGUACUCUUCGAGUCUCUGUCCCAGGAGAAAAACCGUCAUAAAUAUUAUGUUGAUGAUAAAGUUUGUCCCACUACAUUUCAACGCACGGCACCGAUCAGCUCUUCAAUGCUUUAACCACUCACUCCAUUCAUUAGUCCUUCAGUCUCUCCUUCUCUCUCUUUAGACACAGUCUUCUCUUUUCUCUUCUCUUCUCUCUUUUUCAGUUGCAACAUGAGAAGAUGAUGACAGAUAUCACAAACCUAAGCACAGACCUCAUAGAGCUGAUCCUGUCCCUCCUCCCAAUCCCAACCUUAAUCAGAGCCUCAACAGUUUGCAAGCUAUGGCACUCCAUAAUCUCCUCCUCUUCCUUCUCAACCCUCUCCAACCACCUCAAGCAGCCAUGGUUCUUCCUCCAUGGCAUCCACAACAUCUCCUCAAAGAACAACCAAUCCUUUGCCUUUGACCCUUCCUCCAACACCUGGUUCCUCCUCCCAACCCCCCAACACCACCACCAAUCCCAAUACCAAUCCAACACCUCCUUCAUUGGCACCAGCUCCUUCUUCUUCAUCACUGCCCCCAACUUCCUCUACACCCCAAUUCUCCACCCUUCAUGGCACCCCACCCCUCCCCUCCACUUCCCUAGAAUCAACCCUCUAUUGGGUGUCUUCCAUGAUGCUAAAGAUCAAAACUUUGGCCACCACCCAAAAUUCAUUGUUGUUGGUGGGGUCAAGUUCAUUGGGAACCUUGUUGACAUAGAGGAUCGUUUGGAUGUUGAAAUCUAUGACCCUCUUGUGGGGUCUUGGGAGCUUGGCCCUCCUCUCCCUCCUGAUUUCAGAUCAGGAAACUCCUCCUCUUCCCUCUCCAGUGCUCUCUUCAGAGGGAAAUUCUAUGUCUUUGGGAUAUACUCUUGCUUUGUUUCCUCCUUUGACCUGCAUAAAAGGGUCUGGAGUGACGUUCACACCCUUAGGCCUCGUCAUGAGGUUGUGUUCUCCUUCUUGGUGGCUUGUAGGGAGAUGCUUGUGCUUGCUGGGGUGUGCAAUUUCCCUCAUGGGUCUUCCUCCUUUGUGCUGUGGAAGGUUGAUGAGAGGACCAUGUGGUUCACCCAGAUUGAUGUGAUGCCACAUGACUUGCUCUGUAGCCUUUUUGACGGGGAUGAGGAUGAUAAAUUUGCAAGCUUGAAGUGUGUGGGGUUGGGGGAUUUGAUUUAUGUUUUCAAUGAGGAUUACCACAGGAUGUACCCUGCUUGUGUGUGUGAGAUUGAUGGGGAGAGUGGGAGGUGUGUGUGGAGGAGAGUGCCCCAAUUGCCAUCACUGAUGAGCAGGUUUCACAAAGUUGUUAGCUUCUGUUCAACUGUUUCACUGUAUAGUAUUCUCGGUGAACGUCAACUCCCUGGUCUUCAGUACUAGAAAACAAAGGGAAUACACAAUCACUAGAAUAAGAAAGUUCAGGUAGAAGAAUCAUUUGCUGCAGACGGCAAUAUCUAGAUGCUGCUGUACCACAAAAGUUUGUUCAUUAUUCACAUCAGGCAAGAGCAGAAGCUGACAUAAUGUAUGUAAUAGAUAAUAAUCCUAUGUGUGUUGUAUGUCUAGUUUGGCUGUCAUAAAGCAUGGAAAUUGACAAAUUUUCCUAGUGACUGACAUUACCAAACUGUAUGUGGUAUUAGGUUUUUUUGUUGUUGUAAAUUUAAGUAAUAAUUAAGUGAAUGAUUUAGUUUCAUGUUGCAUUUCUAAGUACUAAUAUCCGCAACUGUAUGGUAUUAAUCAUUUAUAUGUUGCUAAAAGUAGUGAAAGUGGUAAUGUGGUAUACAUUGAAGUUACAAUAGUGAUCCUUUUUCUUAUAUCACUAA